GCUACAUGUAGGUCAGCUGCAACACACCUGAUAGCCAACAGUUCAAAGAGCAGCGUCACACAAUGAGAUUCAUUACCUACAAGCUGUGUAUAUAACAAAGGGAAUGCUGUUUUGAAAUCCUUGUGUUAUUCAGUCAGAUGACGACACCCAAGGACAACGAUGUCCGCCACGAUCCAACUGGACGAUGACUUCUUUGUGUGUAGUAUCUGCGACGACAGCUUCAGUGAUCCGAGGUCACUACCCUGUCUCCACUGCUUCUGCCAUCAGUGUCUACAACAGCACAUCAACUACUCCGCAACUCUCUCACCACCGUCCUUCCUGUGCCCACUGUGUAGAGGGCUCGCUUUAGUCCCUGCAGAGAGAGCACCACCCUCCACAUGGGCGGACUGCUUUCCCCGGAACUUUCUCAUGAAGGAACUCAUGGGAAAAAGAGCUUCGGGAACACAAAGUGCGUCUCCAGUAGCUGCUGCAGGGGGUCUUCAAACAGAUGCUCGAGACUUUUGGUGCUUGGACCAUCCCGACUGCCCGCUCAACAUGUUCUGUGUGUCCUGUAAAGCUACCUCUUGUGGAAAAUGUAUGCUCUCUAAACAUAGCAACUGUUCGGUAGUCAAGCUCGUAUCACAAGGAAAGUCGCCAACAGAAGACAUAGGCAUUUUCGUGGAAAGGCUCAAAACUGAAAUUACGUCAGUUCAGGAUCGAGAAAGAUGCAUACAAGAUGAACUCGCCUAUUUGACAGGUCAAACGGAAAAGGUGAGGAGGCGAAUCCAUGAGCAUAUUACAAGGUUUUAUACAAUGUUAGAAGAAGAAAAGAAGAAUCUUCUUCUUAGGAUGGAUACGGAAUAUGAAACUCUGACAAAGGGUCUUGAGACUCAGCAUCUUAAAGCAAAGGAUCAUUUGGCACAACUCAGGAAUUUAACCUCUGCUGCUAUGGAGACAAUGACUCAGAAUUCUGACACCAUUGAACAAUUGACCAGGAGGAUACAGAAGACGUUGGCAUCUGUUAGUUCAGCAGAAAAACUUCAAAGGAUGAGGAUAACGUUCACUCCCGAUUUCUCUUGUCUCGAUAAAGACUUUAGUCUUGGUUCUGUCAACUUCUACAACUCCAGUGUUCCUGCCUCUGCUGGAGUCUCGGUAACCGUGCCAAGGUCAAGGUCAUCUGAUUGCAUGUCAUCGUGUCAAGCGGAGUCAGUGGCGCUUCGACAACACACAAAUACAGUGCUGAGAUCGGCCUCCGUUCCCUGGUUUGACGAAAGUUGGAGCAAAGGGGAACUUGGGAGAGUCGAUGAACAACAGACGAGUCCAUUCACUCGGAACCCAGGUGGAGACAGUGGUCAACCAAAUGCUACAGUACGGUCGACAAGGAGAGGCAACUAUACACAGUCCCUGGAAUCCGCCUCACGGAUCAGGAACUCAGCCCCUGUUGCCCUCCCUGGUGGGGAGAGUGAUGCAGAGCUAGUCCAGCCUGUGAUGGCACCCGAGGUUCCUGACAACGUGCCAAGCCCUAGAAAUAGUUACAGCGGCUAUGAACUUGUAGUUGACCUAAAUACUGAUUCAGACGAAAACGCGUUUACACAAAAGAAGCUCCUCCCGUCCAGUGUGAUGCAAACAUUUCUGUUGAGUACUGGUGACGACGAGUCCUUGCCUGUUGUCACAAGCAUUGUUGUGUUAUCAGGGGGAUUAUUCAUGGUGGCUGACGCGGCAAAUAAAUCGGUGAAAAUAUUUAACAACGACGGACUCUGUUCUAGUAUAUCGUUCCAGUAUCAACCACAUGGAUUAGCCGCUGCUUCGGAGGAUCGAGCACUUGUCAGUUUCCCAGAGCAAAAGAAAAUUGUAGUUAUUUCAGUUGGAAAGGAACUGAAGAUUGUCAACACGAUUCAGUCAAUCAAAUCGUACUCUCGUCUCAUGCAUUACCGCCCUGGAAUGACGGCAGCGCUGUGCACAGACACGUCCAGUUUAGACAUACUCAGUCUCCAGGGCAAGGUCAUGAAGACCUUCAGCGUGUUCGACAGUCGGCAUGUGGAUAUCCCCUUCAGCGUUGUCCAAAAUCAAGGUUUCGUGAUACUGGAUUCUACGAAUUCAAAUCUCAUUUGGAAAUCUAGGACCGGAAGCACAACAUGUCAAGCUACUGUCGACUUUAUUAAAUGUAGAGUCGUGUCUGACCUUUCUUGCGAUUUACUCGGAAAUGUGUACAUUGUUCAAGAUGGCGGCGUUGUUAGGGUGACUUCAAAGGGAGACUACUCUGGUCAUUUGGAUAAUGUCUUCUCGUGUCAGGCCAUCUGUUUUUCCCCCAGUGGUCAUCUCUACGUGGCUGAGAUCGGAGGACAUUGCAAAGUACAUUCACUGUAACCAGAGCACUCAACAUGUUGAUAGCCAUGAUGUGAUUCAGUGAGCGAGUAUAUCUACGCUGCUUUUAGAAAUAUUCCAGCAAUAUCACAGCAGGGGACACACACAUAUGCAUUGUACCAAUGUGGGAAAUUGAACCCGGGUCUUUGGCGUGACGAGCAAACGCUUUAACCACAAGGCUGUUAUGAUGUGAAUAAGGUUUAGAUGUGUCGAAGUUUCGACAGUUUUGUUUUAGCCUUUGUUUUUAUUUUAACGCUUACAAUUCGUUAAUUUGAAAAUAUCAAUUAUAUUGGGAGAGGGUAGAGACUGGGUGGGGACAGGGUAGGGACUGUGUGGAGACUGGGUCGGGAUCUACUUGUAUAUAUCUCUUCGCAAUGUACAUCGUGUAUGCGCUUGGUUAAUGUUUUUCAUGUAAAGAUUUGUAUUCUGGCUCAUGACCUAUAUGAAAUAAACUGAACUCUACAUGUU